GAAGCGGAAGUGCGCUCUCGUGUCCAAGCCGCGUCUGGCGGGUGGUUGCCCGGACAGCCGUCGCUCCUCCUCUGGUUCUGGGGCGCGUCCCGCGGUGCGGGGCGCGGGGGCGAGCGCGCGAUGAGCACCAUGUUCGCCGACACGCUGCUCAUCGUCUUCAUCUCCGUGUGCACCGCCCUGCUGGCCGAGGGCAUAACCUGGGUCCUGGUGUACAGGACAGACAAGUACAAGAGACUGAAGGCGGAAGUGGAAAAACAGAGUAAAAAACUGGAAAAGAAGAAGGAAACCAUAACAGAGUCAGCUGGUCGACAACAAAAAAAGAAAAUAGAGAGGCAAGAAGAGAAACUGAAGAAUAACAACAGAGAUCUGUCGAUGGUUCGGAUGAAAUCCAUGUUUGCAAUUGGCUUUUGUUUUACUGCCCUAAUGGGAAUGUUCAAUUCCAUAUUUGAUGGUAGAGUGGUGGCGAAGCUCCCCUUCACCCCUCUUUCUUACCUCCAAGGGCUGUCUCAUCGGAACCUGCUGGGAGAUGACACCACAGACUGCUCCUUUAUCUUCCUGUACAUCCUGUGCACCAUGUCGAUCCGACAAAACAUCCAGAAGAUUCUCGGCCUUGCCCCGUCACGAGCUGCCACCAAGCAGGCAGGUGGAUUUCUGGGGCCUCCACCUCCUUCUGGGAAGUUCUCUUGAACUUGGGCAGGACCUUCACUUCUUGGCAUUCUUUUUAAACUCUAACAUCAGACUGGCAACUGUUUUGCAGCAAGAGUGAUGACGGCCUUGGUAUUCGGGCCACUUUCAUUUUGACCUUUUCUUGGCUUUUGCUGUGACUAGCAGGAGAGUGGCACCCGCAGUAGGACAGCGCUUCUGCUCGUAGAUGAGCUUUUUUUUUUUUUUUUUUUUUUUAAAUAAGUGAAUCGACUAGUUAAGUUCAGGUGAUUUUUAUGUAAUUAAAAGCAAGUGUCGUCUUUCCUGUUCCACUUUUAUGACUUUCCUAUGGGAGCGCCAGGUCCCAGGGGAGCUGCUCUCCAAAUCAGGAGCCUGACUGAAGUGGAUCUCGGUCAUGGUUUUAACGCCAAAUCUGUCAUGGUCAAUAAAGAGGCCAGGUUUGUCGCUCUCACAUCUGUCUACGAGGC